GUCACGUUCUCCACCUCCACCGCAGCAGCCCGCUUGGCUGUGCUUUCGUCUCCUUAAGGCACAUGAUUCCAACGUCCGCUGCAGUCGGGGACUUCGUUGUGUCCGGUUCUCACUGCGUUCGGAGCACCUCUUUCGGUGUCCACAAUGCUGCCCUGCAAGUUAUGGGCGUUGGUGCCCCUGGCCCUGCUCAUCGCGACAGGCGGCCCACACCAUGCGAACGGCCAGCUUCCGCUCGGAUCAGUCAACCCGGUGGCGAGUGUCGUGGAGCCGCUCGGGGGCAUCUUGGACCCGGUCUUGGGCGUCCUGAGCCCCGUGGUGGGGGCAGUCGCUGAACUGGCGCCCAUCCCUGGCGCCCUGCUCGGUGCCGUGGCGCCUGAGACGGCGUUGCUCAACCCGCUGCUUCAGUCCACGCUGCUGCAGAACAACAUCACGCAGUUCUCCUCGGACAUCGUGACCAGCCUCACGACCGUGGUGGGCCUGGUGGCCAACGCCGUGCUGCCUGUGCCUCCGUACCUCCGGCCGGACCAGGAAGCGCCGAAAUUCGGCUUCGUCGGAGAGGCCUACAACGUGACGACUUCCGACGGUUACAUCCUUGGAGUGUUCCGAGUUCGUAGCGGAACGUGCCGCUCGUAUCGUUCUGUGGUUAUUAUCCCGCCAGGGAUCCUCUCAAAUGCAGCUACCUUCAUCUUUAUCAAGGAAAACAGCCUGGUGUACCGCCUUGCACGAGAAUGCAACGACGUUUGGCUGUUCACUUUCCGAGGGUACCUAUUUGGACGUGGACACACACUUCUCAGCGACACGAGCUCUGAAUUCUGGGACUUUUAUGCCUACCACUGGGGCGUCUACGACCUGCCGGCCCAGAUAGAGUUCGUCUACCGGAAGACUAACAGCACGAGAAUGCGCUACUUCGGCGUGGACCAGUCCGGCUCCGCCCUGCUCUUCAUGAACCACGUGCACGGCCAGCGAUACCAGAGGUUCCUGGCAGGCACCUACCUGCUCGCUCCCAUCGGCUAUUUCGCUCGUGUCAAAUCCGUGGUAUUCGACACAAUGGCCGUUCUGCGCGACGCCCUCACGGCUGCCGGAGCACUGGUGCUGCACAACGAACUCGCCUUUAUGAAUCCAGCCAUACACUCAGUGGUGUACAACUUGUGUGGCCGGAUCAGCCCCGUCACGUGCUACUACCUUUUACAAAUCCUCGGGGGUAACAGCAAAGAGAUCAAUAUCCAAUACUUUUCUUAUGCUUUCGCGAACGUACUGGACAGUAUAUCGAUUAAGGCCUUUACUUAUUUUCUCCAACAAAAUGGUAAAUUAAAGUACAUGGCGUACUACGACUACGGCCGGGCUGAAAACUUGAGGCGAUACAACAGAACCACUCCUGAAAACGUCAACUUAGCGGCCACCACAGUGCCGUGCAACUUCUACGCCCUUGGCAGCGAUAUUGUGACCGUCACAGAGGACGUCUACGACACGUUUCGCGCCCUGGCCCCGGCAGCUCGGGCGUCCUUCCAGGUGCUCCCAAACUACAACGGCGCCAGCCCCUUCGCGCCCGUGAACUCGGAGGGCAUUUACGGACCAUUGAUCCGCAAGAUGAACGCCGACGUGGCGGCGGGUGCGUAG